GGCUACGAUAUUUACAAUCCGGGCGUUGUGUAUUUACUACUGCGGUUCGUAACCCUUGCUUUGCUGACAUUGGAAUUACCUAUCGGGAUUUGCGUGUUUUUCGCUAUAAUAUCGCUUCUAAAGUUCAAUAGUAGUUUCAGCUUUGUGGUAAUAAGGCAAACUAGUGAAAGUAGCUUUUGAAAGUGUUACGUGUUGAUACCGAAGAUGAGUGCUACGAUUGAAACAGCGUCAUCGGAUUUCUCCAACGAGGACUUUAUGACGAACCCAUCGCUGGCCAUGGAUGCCUGCUUCACUGCGUUCGACAAGGACGGAGACGACCGCCUAUCGUUGGCGGAGUUUGCGUUGAUCUGUCGGGCGUUGUUCCGGAAUGACAAGGGACACAUCUACGUGGUGCCGUCGGAGCGGCUGGACGAGAUGUUCGCCGUGUUCGACAAGAACGAGGACGGAUACAUCGACCGGGACGAGUUCCAGUUCUGUUGGAACCAGUGGAUCAAAACGAUUGUACGACCAAUCAGCGCCUAUCUCAUCGUGGACGUGCAGAACGACUUCAUCAGUGGAUCGCUGAACAUUAGCAACUGCAGUGCCCAGCAAAAUGGACUGGAGGUGAUUGACCCGAUAAACAAGCUCCUGGAUACGGUGGACUUCGACUCGGUGUUCUACUCGCUGGAUUGGCACCCGAGCGACCACGUUUCCUUCAUCGAUAACAUCAAGCAGCGCCCGAUCCACCCGACCAGUCCGUUGAACGCCGAUAACGCCCAGGUGUACGAUACGGUUAUUUUCGCCGGUCCGCCCCCGAUGAAGCAACGACUUUGGCCACGGCAUUGCGUUCAGGAUUCUUGGGGCUCGGAACUGCACAAGGACUUGAAGAUUGUCGAUCAAGGCAUCAAGGUGUACAAGGGCACCAAUCCGGAGGUGGACUCGUACUCCGUUUUCUGGGACAACAAAAAGCUUUCGGACACGACGCUGUGCGGGCAGCUGAGGAUGAAGGGAGCAACGGAUAUUUACGUCUGCGGGCUUGCUUAUGAUGUUUGCGUCGGUGCGACGGCGAUUGAUGCUUUGUCGGCUGGUUACCGGACCAUACUGAUUGACGACUGUUGCCGUGGAGUGGAUGUGAACGACAUCGAGAGCACCAAGCAGACGGUGAUAUCCAACAACGGGGUGAUCAUCAAUUCCAGAGAGGUCAAAGCGAUGGUGGAGGGCCGCGACCGCCGACCGGAGCUCGGCUACAAACUGGCCAUGGAGCUGAAGAACGCCGACUCGGACCUGUCGAAAAACAACGCCUGCCGGCGACAGUCCCAGCCGCAACAGGACAGACCGCAGUAAAAAUUAUAGCACCCGAACCCCACAGCCUAGCUAGCUAGAUCAAGGCUGGACUGAGCCGCCAGAUGACUCCUCUCGGUUCUCCCGGUUCUCAUUAGUUCUUGUCCGCGCGCGCGUCAGUUUUGUUUCAGUUGAUUUUUGCUUGAUGAUUUUUUUUGCCCUGUCACGGUUCGUCCACUCCGGUUUCCGGUCUAUGGAUUUUUACUGUCUUGUCCGUGUGGGACGAAGCAGGAUGAAGGAUGGCGCAUUUCCAGCUCGGUUCCACGGCUGGUUUCCGGUCAGUGGAUAUUAUUUGCGAUUGCUGCAGCAGCCAUCCCGUAGUCCUUGUGGAGAAUUCGUUGUGGAUGACCUGUGGCUUAAGGUUAUCUAGUGCACGUGUCUAUCGAUUUUUAUUAUUUCUAUAUUUCUAAAUAGUUAAGCAACGCUGUUUAGCAGCAGUAAAAAGUUAAUAUCAUUUUUUUACUUACUACUUAAGGCGAAACUGGAAGCAUUUCCUCACUUUUUGGUUUUUGAUUUUUUUAUUAAAUAACGAAGCAAUAUUUUCAAAAUCGGUUUUCGAACACAUGUAGAGUAUAGAUCAAGGUAUCUUCUGAAUUUUUUUUGUAGUGGAAAAUGUUUUUCAUUUUUGUAGAAACCAUUUUUGAACAAAAUUGCACAAAAAAAUGGUUUCUGCAAAAAUGGAAAACAUUUCCUAACUCAAAAAAAUACAGAAGAUACCUUGAUCCAUACUCUACAUGUGCACGAAAACCGAUUUUGAAAAUAUUGCUUCUUAUUUAAUAAAAUAUCAAAAACCGAAAAAAUGAGAAAAUGCUUCCAGUUUCGCCUUAAGGAACUGUUACUUAAAAUAACACAUGUAAUUAUUUUGAUAGUAGAAAACAGCAACAUGGUGCUUAAAAUAGUUACAGACAUGCAUGUCUUUCAAAAAUACUGCAGCUUGUUAAACAAGUUUUACUUUGCGGAAUUGUAGACCGAAAGCAAGUUUAACAUAUUACAGAAAACAACACAAACAAAAACAACAGAAUAAUACCAGAAUAGCUGAACUAUGCAACAACAGAAAAACAGAAUAGCAGAAUGCAUAAUGAUAAAUCGAAAUAUCAGUAGGAAGAGCACGAAUAACAGGAAUAACUAGAACAACAACUAGCAUACAAACAAAUCAGAAAUAACUCAAAUAAUAAUGUAGUAAAAAUAACAGAAAUAACGGGAAUACUUGAAUUGAUAUUAUCCUUCCGUUAAUCGCGCUGUUGUACUUUGUACAACACAUGAGAAUUAUCGACUAUUACUUUAAAACCAUCUUUUCUAUCGAUGUCAACCCCAAAUGUAUUCUACAGGAAUCUUAUAUGGAAUAUUAUAAGACCUUUUUUGAAAACAGUAUAACUUCUUAUAAUGCGGAAAAUUGAAAAUCGCAAUAUGAAGAACGUACUAUAUUUAAGAUAAGAUAGACAGUUGAAUGUGAAUUAAUGUAUUUUAAAAUCUAAAUGAUCUAGAAAUAUGGUGUCUUCGGUAAAGUUACUUGGGAUAUCAAGGGCCUUCGCGAGGUGAACUGAGAAAUUCAGAUUUCAACCGAUAGGCGGCGCUAGUGAGCAUGUAAUUUUUAUAUCCCAUAUAACUCAGGAUCCUGAGUACUUAGAAAGAUGGUGUCUUCGGCAAAGUUGUUUGGUUGGUUAAACACUAACUGAUGGAGUGCCGUUUGGUUUGAAACUCCACAUCUAGGUGGCGCUAGUGGGCAUUGAAAUUUUAUAACUCAUACAUCUCAGGACCCUGAUUACUUAGAAAGAUGGUGUCUUCUGCAAAGUUGUUCAGUAGAUCAAACACUAACUGAUGAAGACAAGUAUGAUGUGCAAUUCCACAUCCAGGUGGCGCAAGUGAGUACUCAAAUAUUAUAACUCAUAUAUCUCGAGAUCCUGAUUACUUAGAAAGAUGAUGUCUUCAGCAAAGUUGUUUAGUAGAUCGAGCACUAACUGAUGGAGAGCCGUAUGAUUUGAAACUCCACAUCUAGGUGGCGCUAGUGGGUAUUCAAAUUUUAUAACUCAUGUGUCUCAGGACCCUGAUUACUUAGAAAGAUGGUGUCUUCUGAAAAGUUGUUUAGUAGAUCAAACACUAACUGAUGAAGACAAAUAUGACGUGCAAUUUUACAUUCAGGUGGCAUUAGUGAGCAUUCCCAUUUUAUGCCUCAUAUAUCUCAAGAUCCUGAUUACUUAGAAAGAUGAUGUCUUCGACAUUGUUGUUUGAUGGUUAAAGAUGGAUGUACUUAUCCCGUGAAAUUGACAACCUUAAGAUAGAGUAUAUUGAAAUACGACGGUCAGAUAUUGAAUAUUUUACUAAGCGCUUUAACUUCAUGUAAAAUUAAUCAAUCAAGUGCAAAUUUAAACAAAUUAUAAUCAACUAGUUUUGUAAUUUUCAAAUUUUGAAAACUUUCGGAAGUAUAAAAAUUUACAGCUCGUUGAUUUGUUUCUAGAUGAAUAAUAACACGUACAUGCUUUUGCAAAUUUACAACUAGCGUCUUCUGGUGGCAGAAGCACGAAUCAAAUGGUCAAUCAACUGAAAGCCCUUGAUCUACCAACCAACCUUGCCAAAGAUAUCAACUUCCCAGGUAAUCAGACUCGGAGAUAUAUAAGAUAUAAAAUUUGCAGACUCAUUAGCACCACUUACUGGUGAAAUAUUGAUUUCAACGACCCAUCAACCAAAUGCACCUAUUUGACAACUUUACCGCCAUUUCUCUUCUAGUAACCAGGAUCCUGAGAACUAUUGCAUACACAUUUUUUUAUGUUCACUAGCGUCAUCUAGUGGCAAGGUAAGCGUCAUCUAGUGGUGAAAUUACGAUUAAAACGGACAACUAUCUGUAAGUUUUCGAUCUUUUAGAAGGUCGGCACGAGAGGUAACUUUUCCUCCAUUUGGUCUUUGAUCAAACAACUUUGCCGAAGUCACCAUCUUUCUGAGUAAAGUGGAGCUUCGUGGCCGUUCGGUUAGCGUUACCAAGCGUGUAACCGCACCAUGCUAUCCACUGGUGCAUGUAAUGUAUGUCGUGUCCAUGGUCUAGUGUUAAUUUCUGUUCAGUCUGCACAGCUGAAGACGGUGUCUCGUGCCUUUUUAAUCGGGAUCCUGAGCUACAUGAGAUUAAAAAUGUACAUGCUCACUAGCGCAACUGUCACUCAUCUAUAAGCCCUUGAUAUACCAAACUUCUUUGCCGAAGACACUAUCUUUCUAAGUAAUAAGGGUCCAGAGAUACAUAAUAUAUAAUACUUACGUGCUCACUAGCGCCGCCAAGUGAUGAAAUUUCAAAUUAAACUGCGAAUCAUCCGUAAGUACUUGACCUACCAAACAACUUUGUCGAAGACACCAUCUUUCUAAGUUAUCAGGUUCCCGAGAUACAUGGGAUAUAAAGUUUAUUUGCUCACUAGCGCCGCCUAGUGGUGGAAUUUCCAAUUAAACGGCCAAUAAUCUGUAAGCCGUUUACCUACCAAACAACAUUGCCGAAGACACCAUCUUUCUAAGACAUCAGGAUCCUGAGAUAUAAGAUAUAACAUGAAAUUGCUCAUUAGCGCCGCCUAGUGGUGAAAUUUCAAAUUAAACUGCGAAUCAUCCGUGAGUCCUUGACCUACCAAACAACUUUAUCAAAGACACCAUCUUUCUAAGUAAUCAGGAUCCCGAGAUACAUCUAUAUAUAUAAAAAUGCAGUGGCAUACGUGGGACCGCGCAUAACUCGCGAACGGAAGGUCCAAUUUUGGUCGUCUAAGUUUUGUUCUGUUAGUUUUUACCCAAGGAAGGUUUAUGAGCCAAAAAACAUGGAAAAAAUGAGAGUUUUUGAAAAUUGAUAUUCCAUACAUUUUGUGACCGGGGACUUGGUCUUGGAUAGAAACUUGAAACGUCAAAAAACGCAGUAGGUAAGACAAAGUUUGCCGGGUGUAGCUAGUAGAAUAUAAAGUUUAUAUGCUCACUAGCGCCGCCUAGUGGUGGAAUUUCCAAUUAAACGGCCAAUAAUCUGUAAGCCGUUGACUUACCAAACAACUUUGCCGAAGACACCAUCUUUCUAAGACAUCUCAGGAUCCAUUAGAUAAAACAUGAAAUUGCUCACUAGCGCUGCCUAGUGGACGUAUUACGAAUCAACUUUGUCAGCAUCAAGUAGCCCAUGAAAUUUACAACAACUUUGCCGAUGAUAGUCCUCCUCUAAACAAUCAGGAUCCUUAGAUAUUUCAGAAUGUAUGGGUGUUGUACAAAGUACAACGCGCGACUGCUCGCGUUACAAAAAUUGGCGCGAGUACUGGAAGAGGAACCUAAAUAAUAUGAAACCAUAAUAGAUAACAGAUGAAUAACAGGAUCAACAGAAAUAACGGAACUGAAAGGAUUAGCAAAAACAGGGUUUCCUUCAAAGAUUUUUUCAGCAAUUUGAUUAAAAAUCAAUGCAGAAUUUGAUUACCUUCGAUAUUCAUUUGGAAAUUUCUCCCGAAAUUCUAACCUGGAUUUUUCCUUGAUUUCAUGGAAGAAUUUCUUAACCAAUUCUUGCUGACACAAUUAUUCUUACGGUUUCUCCCAGAGUUCUUCCUUAAAUUUAUCUAGGGAUGUUUCGAUGUUUGCUGGAGGUUUGCCAGUGUUGUUUUCUGAAUUCCUCUUGGAGUUUCUGCUAAGAUUCCAUUCCAUUCCAGAGGAUUUCCCGGAUUCGCUCCCAGAGUUCCUGCCGUGGUUUGCCGAUGUUCCUUCCGAGAUUUCUAAGAGCAGUUUCUCGGAUUCCUACCAGAGUUUCUUCUGGGAUUUGUGCAGGAGCUACGCAAGUAACAAUGAAUGCUGAGCAGUGAGAGUAUUUGCUGAACAACAGCUGGUAAAUGGUGUCAAUGGCUGAACAGAAUGACAGCUGAUUAUUAGUAUGAAGUUUGACUUGUUCAACCUCUUUAAUCAGCCAUACAUAGAUGACUCAACUUGAUAUUCGUUGAAUAGAAUAUGAUAGAUCUGGGUAACCAGCAUUAAAACAAUACACCCACAUGAAGAAAUAAUCAUCUGUUGUUCAAUCUUUAAUCAAAUAAUUUUUGAACUGAGUUAGUCCAAAUUAGGUCCUUAGCUAUUUCGACACAACAAGUAAUGCUCUUGUUUUUGAGGAUAUGUAUUAGAUUGGCCCAAAUACAAAAAUGUUGAAAAAUUCCACGGGGCACCCUCUAGAAUCGUGCCUUUGGAUGAGAAGAGCAAUCUGUAAAAAUUUCCGCUCAAUCGGUUUAAAUCUGAGCUGACGCAAAUGAGUUGAAGGUUUGUAUGGGAACUUUAGUCCAAAUAUAUGGGAAAUUGGAUGACCUCCAGUUUCUCAUUCAGCACGCUGGUUGAAAGAGUUCUAUUUGGCUCAUAAUUGAAAAAAUAAUAGUUGAUACCCUAAGGAACAACUUUGUAGAAGACCAUAUAAUGAUAAAAUUUAAUUUAGUUUGGUUUCAGCUUACAAAAGCAGGAUGAGGACAUCUUCCCCUGUUUACUCUCGGUUGUUACAUGCAGCACGUGUUUACUGUUCGAAACUUGCACUCUACAUCAUAGGCGGCUAUGUUGUCCUUCAUUUCAAAUGCUCACGCACGUGGGCUGGUUUCGAAACAAUGAAGAAUAACAUAGCUGCCUAAGAUGUAGCGCACAAGCUUCGACCGACAAACACGGCUAAACCGCAACUAAAUUAAGUUUUAUCAUGAUAUGGUCUUCUACAAAGUUGUUCCUUACGGUAUCAACUACCAUUCUUUCAAUUCUGAGCUAAAUCGAACUCGCUGAACUGGCGUACUGAGUGAGAGACUGUAGGUCAUCCAAUUUCCCAUAUAUUUGGACUGAAAAUCCCAUACAAAUCUUCAACUCGUUUGCGCCAGCUCAGUUUUAAACCGAUUGAGCUGAAUCUUUCACAGAUUGUUCUUCUCAUCCAAAGGCACAAUUCUAGAGGGUGCCUCGUAAAUUUUUCCAACUUUUCUUUCUCGCCAUACAAAUGUGGGCCGGUCUAAUAUGUAUACAAUUGUGUGUGGUGUAGGUGCUAAGGUGAGUGACUAUAAAUCAGGAGGUCCGAGUUCAAUUCCCAGUUUUCCUACCGAUUAAUUUAUUCAUUCCUAAACAACACUUCUGUCAAUAGACGCAGCUAAUGGUAAAAAUAGGCUCAAAGUGUUUUUAUUUUAUUUUACACAAUUAAUAAAUUUAAUUGAUUACUGAUUAAGCGCAUAUUAAGCCUUAAAACAGCCUUCCAAUGAACCUCAAAUCUGCUGAAGGUUGAAUAAAAUCACCAAAUUUAGAUGUGUAUGAGCUGAAUAACGGAUUGUACCUCUUGUGCUCAGCUUUUGUUCAAAUGAAGGCUGAUUUAAAAUAGUUGGAGAAAUGUUUGUACAGCAUCAAAUUGUAACCUGGGUAUUUAUGGCGCUUCUGCAAGGGUACGUCCCGCAAUUUCUCACAUAACGUUUUCCUGUAUGUCUGAGUUUCUCGGGGGAAAGAUCCCUAUUUUCAAAAUUUUCCCAAAAUUCCUUCACUUAGUGGUUUUCGGGAUAGGGUAAUAACACCGUCUCUCGACAUUUUUUUCAGAAGAUUUUCCAGAGAUUUCUCCUUAAGCAUUUACCGGGAGUUCCUCCAUGAAUUUCUCUCAAAGAUUACCUCCCGAAAUUCCCCAUAUAUUUUAACCCUAGAUUACUCCAUGAAGUUUUGCUCGGGAUUUAUUCCGAAGUUUCAAUUGUUAUUUCUAAAGUAGUUUUUUUUCUUACGGGAUUCCACUAUUCCUUCCGAUUUUCUCCGGGAAUUUCAUACAAAUAAUUUUUCAGAUUAUCCCAGUGGAUAUUCUGGGAAAAAAUCAUGGAAAAUCCGACAACAUAGUUAAAGUGGAAUACUGGGAAGAAUCCCACUUACAUUUCUUGGUUGAAAAGCCGGAGGAUCUCGGGGAAAUAUCUUGCAAGGAACUUUGAAGGAAUACCAUUGAAAGAAAUCCUGAAAUCCUGAUGAAAAAAUCGAACUUGCAAUGAUAGCUGAAUAACAGCUUAUAUUCAUCUGUUGUACAACAAUAAUAUUUGUCGGUAAUUCUGCAAGAUAAAGCCUGUAUCCGCAAUAAUCGGGACACAGAAAUACAGCUGUAACUUUGCAAUAAAUACAUUAAAAUUGCUCAAAUUUGACCUAUUAACAUCUUUAGAUGUGUUCAUUUCACCUACAAAAUUUCAUGUGAAUCGGUGCAGUACUUUUUGUUGUAGCAAUGAAAGAGUAGAAUGCGCGUCAGUGAGUUUUGUACAGCCCCUAGUUUGGCUUGUCAGCACUGUAACUUUUGAAUUUGGCAAAGGGAAUGGUUAAAAUUUUGAAACCUCUCAAUCCACAUUUGUUGCUUAGGCAAAAUUUCAAAAAAAUCGAUGCACUAUCAAAAAUUUUAUAGUCGAACAUGUAUUGGGACUGAACGUUAUUUUAGCCCCUCAGACAGCUAUUAGUCACCACCCUUCAUUGCUUCGAUUGUAUUAUUGAAAGUACUAUACCAAUAAUCAUCAAAUUUUGCAGGCAUAAUAUACACAUAAUCAACUAUAUUCUGUAAAAAUUUUAUGAAAAUUGGCAGAGAAAUUCAAAAGUUAUGAAUUGGCAAACAUCGCACAUGAAAAACACAAAACAUUUUCACUAACACUGACCCCUAUCAACACCAGUAGCUUCCAAACCAAUUGAUCAAAGUUGAUGAAAUUUUGCAAGAAAAUGCCUCUAUAAGUAUCAUAACUGCUAACGAAAUUUCAUAAUUAUCAGCGCAGAACUUUGAACUGUAGCGUGAAAGAACCAUCUAUUAUGCGAAUGAAAAUUGCUCAUCAUUGUACAAAAUGCUUAAAACCACGUCUGUUUGUUUUUCAUCCACAGUUAAAAGUAAUGCAUCGAUUUUUAUGAAAUUUGGCACAAAUAAUAAACAUACACCAAAGAGUUCUCAGUCAAUUAUUUGGCCAAUUUUACCGAUUCAGUACAGAGCUACAGCCGUGCUUCUGUGUCCCGAUUAUUGCGGAUACAGGCUUUAUCUUGGAAAACACCAAGCGAAAUCAAUCGAAUUUCCGUAAUCCUGAAAGAUUCUCUAGGAGGAGUCCUGUAAAGAAUUGCUGAAACUGCUUUCCGAAAGUUCAUUCGGAGAAAUCUGCAACUUCUACGCGGAGCUACAAGCUUUCAGUGAGAAUCUGUCAAUAUUACGCAGUCCAAUUACCAUCUUGAUUACCAAUUAGUCUUGCAGAGGUUUUGAAAACCGCCAUAAAACUUAAAACCUUUUAUUUUAGUUUUAUGAUGGUUCUAAGAACCUUUUCUAGUCUAUUUGAUUAAAAAAAUGUUACUUGGGAGAAAACGUUUGUUUUGGCAGCUUAUCACAUAUGGAAGUGAAUUCUACAUAUUCAGUUUUUUUUUUGGUCAUACAAACAUGUAGGUAACUCCGUACUGGGUAUCCUUUGAAAGUUCCUGCUAGAAAAUCUCUUAGGAAUUAUUGAAGACAUCACUAGAUCGAGUUCUUGAGUUAAUCACCAGAAGGUAUUCCUGAAAAAAAUAUGUUGGAAUCCCUAGAAUCUUCUGAUGUAAUUUCUUGUGAGAUCACCUAAAGAAGUUUCUGAAACAAUAACCAGAUGGCAGUCCUAGAGUAAUCGUCAGAUUGAUAUUUUAGAAGAAUCGCCAGACAAAAUUGCUGAAGGAAUACCCAGAUGGAGUUUUUUGAUCAAUCCUGGGAGUUUCUGGCGGAGUCCCCUGAAGAAAUUCCUUUGAAUCCCUGGAGAUUUCAUCUGAAGCACGUCUUGGAUUGGAGUAAUCAUUGAAUGAAAAUCUCCAGAAGGAGUUAAAAAAUGGACACCCACCAGCAAUCCUUGAAGAAACCCCCAGUUAGCUUUACAGGUGUAAUCCACAGAUGGAGUUCAUGAAAGAAUUCUCAGAAUUAAUUCCAAGAGGAAUACCACCAGAUGGAGUUUCCGAACGAUUUCCCAGCAGGAGUUUGUGCAACCUGAAGGAAUGCCUAGAUGGAAUUCCUGUGGUAAUCCAAAGAUGUAGUUCUUGGGAGAAUCUCCAGAACAUAAACCUAGAGGAACAUUCAAAUAGAAUUUCUGGAGAAGUACCCAGAAGGAAUUCCUGGAAAAAUCCACAGAUUUAGAUGGUGGAGGAAUUCUCAGAAGUUUCUCUAAUACAAAAAGCUAAAAGAAAUCCAAAGCACAAAUGGCUCAAUUCGGUGCCAACAUUUCAUAAAGCAAUAGAUCGUAUCUUAUUCGACCCGAACAAUCCACUAGCACAACUAGAAAGUUAAAAUCCUCGAAUUAUUCGGGGCCUCAGAUAAUAAUCUCCGAGUGCGUCUUGUAGUAGAGUUCGCUACUUUUUAUUCAGACGACCCAUUUGUGUCUGUCAUUUUUGGCGUUUCGAGGAGUCUCAUGGGCGUUAAUGGUUGUUUCAAGGGGGUACCAGACACGAUCUCAACGGUGUCUCAGCGGGUCUAAGUGAGCUUCAGGGGGUCACAUCAUAACUCAACGGUGUUUGAGGGAGUUACAGGGUCACCUCAGGUAGUUAAGGGGUAUCAGGAGAUCUCAGGAGCAUUACAAGAAGGUCAAAGAGGGGUUUUAGGGGGUACCAGGAGGUCUCAAGGGCGUUUAAGGGGAUCUCAGAGUCAUCUCAGGGAGUUUCGAGAGGUUUACAGAGGCCUUCAAGUAGCUCUGACAGGGUUUCAGGUCUUUUCUGUAGAUCUCGGGGGAUUCCAUGGGGCCUCAGGAGAGCUUUGAUGGGUCUCAAGGGUUUCCAGGAGGCUCCCAGAGGUUUUCAGAGAGUCACAUGGGAAAUCAGGGCCGUUGAAGUGAGUCUCAGGGGAUCUCAUGGGAUUACAUGGGGGCCUCAGGGACGCUUCAAUGGGUUUCCGGCGGUUCCGUGGAAGUUCCAGAUGGUCUCAGUGGCUUCUCAGGGGGAUACCAGGAGAGGUUCAGGGGCCUGUCGAUAAACUACUCUUAGGGUGGGAGGGGGAAUCUGGCCGAAGCAUGGGCCGAAGUCUACGGUCCAUACAAAUUUCGAAAAUUUUGUAUGAACGAAAGUCUAUGAGGGGGCAGAGGAGGGGACUGAGAUGGCCAAAAAUGAGUCAACGUAGUUUAUGGACAGCGCCUAAGGCGUUUCAAGGGCUCAUGGGUUUCAGGGGGUACCAUGUGAUCUCAAGGGCAUUCAAAGGGGUCUCAGGGUCGUCACAUGGGGUUUUAUUGGAUGCUAAGAGGCUCCAGCGGGUCUCACGUGUGCGUGCUUCAGGGGAUUUCAGGGGGCUUUGAGGGAUCUCAGGGAGUUUCCAGGAGCCUGAAACGACCCUGAGAUAUCCUGGUACCUUCUGGAACUCCCUGAGACACCCAUGAAACACGCUGGAACUCCCAAGAACUUCCUGAGCCCCUUGAAGUGUGUCUUAGGGCACAUGGAACCAUCCUAGGUCCAUCUUGAGGAGGUCACAUGAAACUAUCCUGGAUCGCCUCUGAAACCCCAUCGGACUCCUGAAAUGCCCCAUCGGCCUCUGAAAACGCCUCGAAACACCUCUGAGAGCUCCAGGUACCCUCAGAAACCCGCUGGGGCCACCUGAAACAACUCUGGCAUCUCCUGAUACCCCCUUUUGAAACGCCACUGGGAUCUCCGGAUAGCCCCUGAAACACCUUGGGACCUUCUGAAACGCCCCUGUAACCUUCCUCUGCUUUCCGUAUAAACGCCCCAGGCCGCCGAUGCCUCAGUUACUGUCUAUACAUUUUCUUUUGCACAAUAUUGAUUCGCAACAGAACCGAACGAAGAUCCCCUUAAACACCCCUGAGACAUACUGGUAUCCUCCGAAAUCCCAUGGGACCUCCUUGAAAUGCUCCUGAGAUCUCUUAGUACCCCCUUAAAGUACCUGAGGUGACCCUGAGACUCCCUCAAACGCCAUUGAGUUCUAAUGUAACCCUUGAAACUUUCUGAAACCCUCAGAAAUACCCUUGAGAUCGCCUGGUACCCCCUUGAAACAACCAUAAACGCCUCUGCGGCGAGACAUUAUUGGCAGCCUCGGCCGGAAUUCCAGACAUCCGGUUCUGUGUUGGGGUCAUAUAUGACCCCUCCGGCUCCAAAGAGUUAAAUUCCCGAAGCCUGCUUGAAAGUCCCAGAAACUCCAAUAAACUCACUAAAACCACUUUAAACUCUUGAAGAGACUCCCCACGAUGGCUCUACCUCAUUUGGCAUAAUGUCAUUUGUCAUAAAGGCCAUUCAGCACAACGGUCAUACGGCAUAGCACCGUUUUGCAUAAUACGAUGAACAGCCUUCUUGGCAAGAAUGUGAAUAAUCCAUGUUAUGUCCAAUGCGGUAGCCCCUCGAUCAUUCUUGCCACUCACCUUUCAUGUAUUCUCCCGAAACUCUCCUGAAACUAUUUUGAAUUCUUUGAAAUAAUACAAAUCUAGAAACUUCAAUCUGAAAUGAAAAAUAAAUUAUACGAAUAACGAGAAUAACUAGCUUGACAGGAAUCUAUAAGCGGAAUCAGAAGUCUACGCUGCAUACAUAACACAUGAACUAUAGGAAUUGAAGACCCCAAGCAGCACACAUGUCAUAUAAGAGUUACAGCAAUGCUAGUUUUGAUUGUAUAAAAGUAAAUUUAACGUAAUUCUAGCAUUGUGUUGGAAUAACGUCAAAUUAUCUUCUAUACAACCAAAACUAGCAUUGCUGUAACUCUUAUAUGACAAGCGUGUUGCUUGGGAUAUGUUACAAAAGAGUCACAACCACGGAAGUUUUUGAUUACACACGAGUCAUUGUCAAGAAAUUCUUGCAUUGGGUUAGAAUUACAUAACUGUAGCUCCUGUGCUACCAAAAACAUUCGCUGUCGUUACUCACGUGACAUGUGUGCUUCUUAAGAAUUGGAAUGCGACCCGAACAAUAGAAACAACAAAAUGACGAAUAACAAUUUACUAAUAAUUUUUAAUAACGUAAACUACGCAACUCAAAUUCACUGCUCCGUAGAGAAAAAUUAAACUUGUUUUACAUGCAACAACGUACGCAAUUGCCACAUCACAGAUGCCACAGAUAUUGGACACCAAUUUUUCCCCUACCAGUUUUAACAGUUACUUAAAAAACCUUUUUAUCUUAGAUUAGCAUUAGGUCAUAGUUUGUCGCCGGUGGAGGUUUCUAUCCUAUAAGUGUUGUAUCCAGUGCUGAAAAAUUCAUUUCGCCAUAUCUAAGUUCAAUCACCUACAGCUCAUUUUAGAAGCUGAACCUGAGAAUCUGGUAUAUGAAAAACUUUUGCGGCUACACGAAUUCUGCAAGAAAGUCACGGAAAAACUGCUAUUUUUCGAAUAUUUAAGGUAAAUGUCACGGACUACCUUCGAAAAAUGCCAAAUGAUAUUCACCGUGAAUAUCAUUGGGAUUUUUCGGAGGUAGUCCGUGACAUUUACCUUAAAUAUUCGAAAAAUAGCAGUUUUUCCGUGACUUUCUUGCAGAACUGGUCUAGCUGCACAAGUUUUUCAUAUACCAUAUUCUCAGGUUCAGCUUCUAAAAUGAGCUGUAGGUGAUUGAAUUUAGAUAUGGCGAAAUGAAUUUUUCAACACUGGUUGUAUCACUUUGACACCAUUCCUAGAAGAACUAGUUGCCCCUUCAGUAGAAUUCGUACCUAACUCUUAGCUUACGAUCUUACAUACUCUCUAAUUGAUGCAGACACAUUUUACUUGGUAGCUUUUUGGCUUAGUGUAUUUUUUUCCAUGGUUUAGACUUACUUUAUAAAAAAAAUGUAGAAAAGAUAAGUAAGAAAGGUGAUAAGUUAUAGUGAAGCAGAAAAAAAAACGUUCCGAAAAGAUGCAAGGUAGUAGAUUUUAAACGAACAAAUAAAAAUAAACAGAGUAUCAUAUAAUAGAGUUGUUGAUCUAUUUUCUCCCAGUGUAGAUGAUCCUAGUUGAAAAUUGAAAUGAUGUAGAAACAAUAGUCUAAUUAACUCCAAACAAAGCUUUUGUGUCAUAGUCACAGUUGUACCAACAUCACGAGCUGUCUGUAAAACAUAAUGACGAUGUAAUAAAAAAGGAAAACUCACGGUGAAUAGCCCCACACUGAUACGCAAAA